ACGAGAACGGACGUGAAAAGUGGAAAACUCUCUCCCUUCCCUUCAAGAGGCAGAGCACUUGCUCCCAUGUGGAUUUUUGUUGGACUUGGUAGGAAAAGUGCAAUUGUUUCUCAUUAGGAUCAGUAGUGGGGGUGUGAGUGUGAAAGGGGGUCAGUGGGAGGUUUGGCCGUUUUUUGCCUCUUCUAGUGGAUUAAUUGGCUGGACCGUACCAAUCUAGCAGGCCGGGGUGGCGGCUGACGAUUGCCAACGCAACGAAGACAAAGCACGCCGCCAGACACUAUAAAUACCCAAAAGGCCAAAGAGAGGGAAAACCGGAUGAACCGAAACAAUAAAAAAAGAAAAACUAAGAACCCCAACCAAACAGUGUGGUGAGCUGCGGUCCGUCGAUCGGUCCACGACAGAAAACAACCAGUGUGGGAGGAAAGCGCGGUGCGAUCCCAUUUAUGAGAAACAUCCGGCGGAGAAGUUCGACACGCAUUUUCGCACAUUUUGUUCGUAGGUAUGUGCUGUUGUAAUACCAAUACGCGGGGUUAAAGUGAAGUGUGAAGUCGGUAGCAGAACGACGACGUUUGUGGAAAUAACAGGAAACUAGAGAGAAGGGGGUGAAAGUGAUUGAGCUGUAGGCAUGAGCCGAGCCGUGGCACGGUCAUUCACAGUGGCCAACCGUGAAAACGCAUGAGCAGGGUGUGAAAGUAGUCGUUCCGAAGCUUACGGCGAUUGUGAGGACAGCCGGAAGGCGGCAGGCAAAGGCAGUGCCAGCAUAGUAUCCGGACGAAAAUUCAACCAGGGCAGCAAAAAAUCUCGGAUAGCUCGACGACAGUUGGUGGUCUUUUUCCGUCAGCUGUGCUGCUAAUUUAAAGGAGGUGACAUUCUUUGGCGAGGAAAAGCAGACUUUGAAGCAAGAGGAGCCCACUGGAGGCCCUACGGCGACAGUCUCGGUCCAUAGCGGCUCGCCGUGGACGGAAAGUUAAGUUCUCCGAAUGGGAAGAUCAUCAUGAAAAUGACGCACCGGAAGAAGACAAGUUUGUUUGAAAAGCACUGAACACACUUCAACUUGUGACAUACUUUAUUCAGAGAGAAACAUAAACACAUGACACUUGCUUCAUUCUAAAUCACACAAAGAACAGAACAAAAUAAACCCACCAACACAAAAGACAAUUCCAGUGCUGUAAAUAGAGUAUGUAUAACUAUGGACUACUAACUCCUUCCGCACGAUCUAACUUGAAAACAUAAAAACAAAAGCUAAAAGUUUAGUGUUGAAACAAAAACAAAGAGGGUGCUCGUUUCUGACGAAAUUACCCGUUCCCUGCGAGGAGUGCCAAGUAGCCAGCUGCCGAGUGUGUAAUGCGAGCAAAGUGUUCUUAGCAGCACACCGGAGCACCCUACAGGAGCAAGUUGAAGCGGGCGGCUCUCGAUGUUGAAUGCAAGCGAACGAAUGUUGAACUCAAACUAUAAAUGAAAGUGGUGAAGAAAAUGUGGGGCAAAACAACCCGAUGGAAAGCACAAUACUAAAAAGUAAACUGUUUGUGAAGAAUGAGAAGUCGGCAGCCCGGCGAACGUCGACUCCGGAGGGGAUGACCCUGCGGGCGCGUGGCGGAGAUGACGCUUCCGAAUCGGCCACGACCGUCGGCGGUGGCGGCGGUGGCGAUGGCGGAGGCAGCGACAAGAAGGACACCAAGUUAGACAUCCCGAUGCCGCAGUAUAUGCACCCGGCGGUGGAGAAAUUUGCCGAUAAACGAGUUAAGAGACACAGCAUCCACGGCAUGAUGGAGGAAGAAAAUGUAGUCCGACCGCACCAGGAGAUAGCGGCCCUAUCCCUGGAUGAGAAGAAAUAUCUGCUGGCGGUUGAACGGGGCGAUGUGGCCAGCACCCGAAGGAUACUGGAGAAGGCCGAAGCGGAGGGACACAUCAACAUCAACUGUGUCGACCCGCUGGGCAGGUCAGCCCUGCUGAUGGCAAUCGACAACGAGAAUCUCGAGAUGGUGGAGCUGCUCAUCAAUCACAAGAUGGACACCAAGGACGCCCUGCUGCACGCCAUCUCCGAAGAGUUUGUCGAAGCGGUCGAGGUGCUACUGGACCACGAGGAUAGCUGCCACAAAAACGGAGAUCCACAUAGCUGGGAAGCGCUUCCACCGGAUACGGCAACCUUUACGCCGGAUAUUACACCUCUGAUUUUGGCGGCCCACCGAGACAACUACGAAAUCAUCAAAAUCUUACUGGACCGCGGAGCCACACUGCCGAUGCCCCACGAUGUGAGAUGCGGGUGCGAUGACUGUGUGACUUCCCGGCAGGAGGACUCCCUGAGGCAUUCUCGAUCACGAAUCAAUGCAUAUCGUGCCCUGGCCAGUCCCUCGCUAGUGGCCUUAUCUUCGAAGGAUCCCAUCCUGACGGCGUUCGAGCUGAGCUGGGAGUUGCGAAGGCUUAGCUUCCUCGAACAUGAAUUUAAGAACGAGUACCAGGAACUGAGGAGGCAGUGUCAGGAUUUUGCUACCGCACUGCUGGAUCACACACGGUCUUCCCAUGAGCUUGAAGUGCUGCUGAAUCAUGAUCCUACGGGGCCUGCUUUUGAGCAUGGCGACAGGAUGCAUCUGAAUCGGCUAAAGUUAGCGGUUAAACUGAGACAGAAAAAGUUUGUCUCCCACCCGAACGUUCAGCAGCUGCUGGCCAGCAUCUGGUACGAAGGUCUUCCGGGCUUCCGGCGAAAAAAUAUGGCCCUGCAAGCACUGGAAAUAGUGCGAAUAGGUAUGCUCUUUCCGCUGUUUUCCAUCUCAUACAUCAUCGCGCCGCACUCCACGUUCGGACAGACAAUGAGGAAACCCUUUAUCAAAUUUAUUUGCCACAGUGCAUCGUAUUUUACCUUUCUGUUUCUACUGAUGUUGGCUUCGCAGCGCAUUGAAACUGUGAUCGGUGGCGUAUGGGGAGCCGAGAUGAGUAGCCACGACGAAGUGCCUACAAAGAGGGGAGCAAGUCCCACAUUGGUUGAAUGGCUGAUUCUGGCUUGGGUCAGUGGUAAGUACUGGAGCGAAGUGAAGCAGCUGUGGGAUGUUGGGCUGCAGGAAUACGUGAACGAUAUGUGGAAUGUGAUAGAUUUCGUGACCAACUCGCUGUACGUGGCGACGGUAGCUCUGAGGGUGGUGUCAUAUUUUGAGGUUCAAAAAGAGAUGGCCAUCAACCGGUUCGCUGCAGAUUUACCUCGUGAAAAAUGGGACACCUGGGACCCUAUGCUGAUCUCCGAAGGGCUCUUCAGUGCGGCCAACAUCUUCAGCUCGCUGAAGCUGGUGUACAUUUUCUCGGUGAAUCCUCAUCUGGGUCCACUGCAGGUGUCGCUCUCGCGCAUGGUGAUGGACAUCAUGAAGUUCUUCUUCUUGUACGUGCUGGUGCUGUUCGCGUUCAGCAGUGGUCUCAAUCAGUUGCUGUGGUAUUAUGCCGAUUUGGAGAAAAAGCGAUGCCCAGAUGCUUCGGCAUUUUCCAACAUGACGUCAACUGAUCCCAAUGCAUGCGUGGUGUGGAGGCGGUUUGCGAACUUAUUCGAAACAAUCCAAACCCUCUUCUGGGCUGUGUUUGGUUUGGUGGAUCUGGAAAACUUCGAGUUGGAUGGAAUUAAAAUAUUCACUCGCUUCUGGGGUAUGCUGAUGUUCGGAACGUACUCGGUGAUCAACAUUGUGGUGCUCCUUAAUCUGCUGAUUGCCAUGAUGAAUCAUUCAUAUCAGCUUAUAUCGGAACGUGCCGACGUGGAGUGGAAGUUUGCCCGAUCAAAGCUGUGGAUCAGCUACUUUGAGGAAGGGGGAACUUGUCCACCGCCAUUCAACAUCAUUCCGACGCCUAAAACCAUUUUUUACGUCUUCCAGUGGGUGAAACGGAAAUUCUGCGGCCACUCGAAAGCCGUUAAGAAGGAGCACAUGAAGACGAUUCGACGGAAGGUGAAACAAGCCAGCGAGCGAGACUUCCGGUAUCAGAGCAUAAUGCGAAAUCUGGUUCGCCGGUAUGUAACCGUUGAGCAGCGAAAGGCGGAAUCACAAGGCGUUACCGAAGAUGAUGUGAACGAGAUCAAGCAAGAUAUUUCGGCCUUCCGUUGUGAACUAGUGGAAAUUCUGAAAAACAGCGGAAUGAAUACAACCAGUGCGACUGGGUCAGGCAGUGGUGUCGGGGGGAAGAAGAACCGCCAGAAGGAACGUCGCCUCAUGAAAGGAUUCAACAUAGCGCCUCCACCGGCACCUGAGUCUGGACAACAUCUGACUCCCGUAUCCGAGUUUAUAUCACAGCUUCCGGAUCAUCCUUCACAUGAACUGUUUGCAGGAGUUUUCGGCCCAGGCCUUACACCAAAGAAAGCGCUGCAUCAAGUCAAUCCGAUGCAUCAAUUUUCAUCACAGUCACAAAGUUCCUUUGGCGAAAAUAACAACCCAAUGCACAAACUCUCCAAGCUCGCACCGAAGUUCCACUCUAAGAGGCCCAGCUCGCAGAAAAAACGAUGGGGUACCCUCAUCGAGGCGGCAAAGCACGGAAGCGUUUCCAAAUUCAUCGGACGAUCUCGAUCGGAGGAUUCCGUGUGUAACCAUGGGCCGAGGGGUGAAUCAGCAAGCCACAGUAAUAGCCCAGCGUCGGACGAGGCCAUCACGGAGUCCCCGUCAGACUCGAAUCCAAGCUUGGAUCGACCGGAGGUGGAAGCAUCGCCAGAUCCAUCCAAGCAUCACCAUCAUCAUCAUCAUAACCAUGAAAAUAACGGUAGCAAUGAUAAAUCGCAGGGAGGAAAAACGAAGGACUCCUCACACCAUCACUAUCACCUGCAUUUUGGUGCCCUGGCGGCACUGAAGCGGAAACGGAAAAAGUUUUCCAACAGCCGGAAUAGCAGUCCAGUGCUGGAGCCCCCCUGUGAUGCGGUUCCUGCAACCGCUCCGUUGAACAGAUCUAGUAGUAAGAUUCUGAAACGUGCUUCUAGUGUGCCGUCGUCCCGCAGCGGAUGUGAAGAGGGCGUGGCCAGCAACGCCGGUGGUAUCAUCGUAGAGGGCGCUACGGAGGACCCCGCUGUACCGCUGAAAACGCCUCGACACGAACAAACUCAAAGUCAGCACAACUCGAUGGAAAAUCAACUCGAUCCCCCGUUGACUCCUUCUACGACGGAGGAAAGUGUCGACAAUGCAUCGCAUGUGAGAAUCAACUCGACGGAACCACUGCUGAGGAUACAGGGCCGAGCGGUCACCAUCGAUGAGCUAACGAGCUCUGGUGGACGAUCUGGUGGUCCCAGCGGGUCGGUUCAGCGACAUCAGCAGUCAUCCUACAGGAUUCCCGGGGUUACUCCGGUGCGAGGGCAUUUCCAAUCACAGGGAUGGUUAUAGGGGCUAUUCAAUGGUGGGGCUAGUUGUGUAAAUAGUAUUAUCGGAAACGGAGCAGUAUAUUCCAGUGCAAGUAUUAUCUAGUCGUUUAACGGACGGGACUCGAUUAUGCCUAAACUGCCAUCCCGAAAACCAGAUUAAUUCUUACCAAUCGGAUGUAUACUUAUCAAAAGCAAAAUUCUAAACCAAUCGGAGAGGUUCAGUUUUUGGCGAUUAUCCAACAUUAGUAGUGUUAUUGUUUUGGGUUCUCUAGUACGAAGGCCUAAGCACUUGAUUGAUCAAGAGGCUACUAUUUUGAUGUAAUUACUAUUGACGAGAACGAGUCUUCUCGAUGAGCUCUUAACAAGAUGGGAAUUGGGCGCAAAACACUUAAUUGAGUGAGUGAAGACUUCCUGCUGGCUCUUUCAGCUGGGAAAGAAAACAGAACUGGAAGCUACACUUCACUCACCAAUAUUGAAGUAGAAAUACCUAACCUCAUAUACUUACCAUUUGCACAUAAGCGUAUGACGAUCCAACUAAAAGAAGGAUCCUUAGAUAAAAUUAGAUAAUUGAACCACUUAUUCAAAUACUAGUCAAGUAAAUAGCAAGGAGAGAUUUUUUAACCGCAACAAACAAGUAAGGGACCACGUCUCUUAUGUCGAAUAACAUUCAAAAUGUAGUGAUGAUUAAAGUAUAGCAUUGAUAAAAUAUCAAAUGUCAACCAUAAGAAUACAAUGUUAAACUUUUAACCACAGGGUGUUUCAUGAAACAAAGGUCAUACUUACAACAGAAGAGGAAAGUUUUGCGAAAGAAACUGGAUCUGUUGUGGACACAGAAAUAAAAGUCAACAUUAACUAUUAUUUUAUAGAAAUGCACAAAUUCACACAAUAUGCUAGUGCAAACAAAACUUAACUCACCAUACACAACAAACCCUACUGUACAGAUCACCAUUACCACACACUCACAUACAGAAGUUUAUACGGAAAUUAGAGAGAAACAUUCACAUACACAUAAAACAAAUACAAGGAAUUUUCCUUGACUAACGAUGCGAAGAAAUCAAUGGAGGCCUUAUUACUAAAAAGAUAUAAUUAAAACUUAAAACAACAACUACAACUAGAUCACUUUUGAGUGGUGUGACAAAUCACACCAAUAAAUAAAAAAGUAUUGAAUGUAUCAUUUCAACUGAAUCAUACAAAGUUGAACAAUUAGAUUUCUUGAAAUAAAUUUAUAUGGACUCGCGCGAAAUCUAAUUAACUCGACGGAUGUUUCGAACGGAAUCAACUCUCGUUCCUCAUAAUCAAGUUGGUGGAUAAACUAGUUAAUUAUAAUAAACCAUUUAGUCAGGUUUGGAAAACUAUAGAACAGCAACUCACAAAUGAAGAACAGUAGUGAAGUUAUGCAAUUAAUAAUCAACCCUACAAAUAUAGAAUAUUAAAUGAGUACGCUAAAAAUGACACUAUCGAAAGUAAAUAUUUAUACCUAGCUAAGCAAGAAAGUUAAACAAAACAAUGGAGUAAACUGGAAUCAACUAGUCAGUAGAGAGACGUACACUCAGUAUAUUAUAUAUAAAAAUAGUAGUUAUCAUCGUAUAUUCCAGUCAUUGGUUACACUGCAUUAUUUAAAACUAUAACCGGUGGUUGUACGAAUGGAAGGAAAAUGCCACGGAAUUAGGAAACCAAAAAAGAUUGUUUAUAGGAAAUUGAAAUGAAAAAUAGGCGAACUAUUGUA